UGAUGGCGGGGUCGCAGAGUGAUAGUCUCGCUUGUAAAUAACAUUCAUAAACAACGGUGCAUGUCGGCUCUUUCGUGGAGCGAAGCCGCUAGGGUCCGGCCAAGACUGAAGAAGGCAACGUGCUAAAGCAGUGGAUCACUAUCUACACAAAGUGAUCUUGGCAGAACUGCAUUUCUUUUUGUUCUCCAUCGGUUGUCCAUCAAACUGGCUAGCUAUCCAGCUUCCUAGCUAGCUGCAUAGACUGUGUAGCAAGUUAGCUAACUAGCUAGUUAACAAACUCAGGAACAGCUCUCCAGGCUUUUAUUUAAAAUGGCUCCAGUGCAGAUUGCUUCAGAUGGCCAGCUGGUUCCAGUCGCAGGUCCGACCACAGCGCAUUUGCCCCCGCCACCGGGCGCACCAGCGACGCAGGGAGUCCGACUCAGCCUGCUGAUAGAAUUCCUCUUGCAGAGAACCUAUCAUGAAAUCACACUGCUGGCUGAACUACUUCCCAGGAAGACAGAUAUGGAAAGGAAAAUUGAGAUUGUGCAGUUUGCCAGCCGGACCCGUCAGCUCUUCGUGCGUCUCCUGGCCCUCGUGAAGUGGGCCAGCAAUGCUGGGAAGGUGGAGAAGUGUGCGAUGAUCUCCAGCUUCCUGGACCACCAGGCCUUCCUGUUUGUGGACACAGCGGACCGGUUGGCAUCGCUGGCGAGGGACGCCCUGGUUCACGCCCGACUGCCCAGCUUUGCCAUCCCCUUCGCCAUAGAUGUGCUGACCACGGGCACCUACCAGCGCCUGCCCACCUGCAUCAGGGAUAAGAUCAUUCCCCCAGACCCCAUCACCAAAGCAGAGAAGCAGAGCACCCUGAACCAGCUGAGCCAGAUCCUCCGCCAUCGGCUGGUCACCACAGACCUGCCCCCCCAGCUGGCCAAUCUCACCGUGGCCAACGGCCGGGUAAAGUUUAGGGUGGAGGGCGAGUUCGAGGCCACGCUGACUGUGAUGGGGGAUGAUCCAGAUAUCCCGUGGAGGCUCCUGAAGGUGGAGAUCCUGGUGGAGGACAAAGAGACGGGAGAUGGCCGAGCCCUGGUGCACAGCAUGCAGGUGAACUUCAUCCACGAGCUGGUGCAGUCCCGCCUCUUCGCCGACGAGAAACCCCUGCAGGACAUGUACAACUGCCUCCACUCCUUCUGCCUGUCGCUGCAGCUGGAGGUGCUGCACUCGCAGACCCUGAUGCUGAUCCGGGAGCGCUGGGGCGACCUGGUGCAGGUGGAGCGCUACAUUCCCGCUAAGUGCCUCACCCUCAGCGUCUGGAACCAACAGGUCUUGGGCCGGAAGACUGGUACCGCAUCUGUCCACAAGGUCAAUAUCAGGAUUGACGAGGCAGAUGGCUCCAAACCGCUACAGAUAUCCCAUGAGCCUCCGCUUCCCACCCUUGACUCCAAACUAAUGGAGAGAGCCAUGAAGAUCGACCAUCUGUCAGUGGAGAAGCUGUUGAUUGACAGCGUCCACGCCCACUCCCAUCAGAAACUGCAGGAGCUCAAAGCCAUACUGAAGAGCUACAACCCCAAUGAGAACUCCUUCAUAGAAGCCGCACUCCCCACCCUGGUCAUACCUGUUCUGGAGCCCUGCGGGCGCUCAGAGUGUCUGCACAUAUUCGUCGAUUUGCACUCCGGAAUGUUCCAGCCGAUGCUCUACGGAAUCGAUCAGGCCAUGCUGGACGACAUUGAGAAGGCUAUCAAUGAGGACAUGAAGCGCAUCACUUCUUGGCUGCAGCAGCUCAAGUUCUGGCUGGGGGAGCAGCGGUGCAGGCAAUCGGUGAAACACCUCCCCACCUCGUGCAGCGACACCCUCCACCUCUCCAACGCCUCCACCCACCCCGCCGGCAGCCUGUCCAAACACUGCCUCUUCAUCAAGCUGACCCGCCUCCCGCAGUAUUACAUUGUGGUGGAGAUGUUUGAGGUGCCCGGUUGCCCCACAGAACUGGAGUACAAGUACCACUUCCUGUCGGUGGCCCAGCUGGAGGGGGACGAGGGUCCGCCCAGCGCCCAGCUGCUGCAGCAGUUCAAGCCCAACCUGGAGGAGCUGGCGCUGGACACCGCGCUGAGCAAGGGUGCCCGGCCAGGAAGCAAGAGGAAGCUGUCUGGGGAUCAGGGCACCAUAGAACCUAAGAAACCCAAGCGUUCAGGGGAGAUGUGUGCCUUCAACAAGGUGCUGGCCCACCUGGUGGCCAUGUGCGAUAGCAACAUGCCCUUCGUCAGCCUACGCUGUGAACUGUCCAGCAUGGACAUCCCACACCAGGGGGUGCAAGUGGAGGGGGACGGCUGUAGCCAUGCUGUGCGGAUCCUCAGGGUUCCCCCCUGUCGGGGCGUCGGUGAGGAGACUCGCAGGGCGCUGGAGCGCUCCCUGCUGGACUGCACCUUCCGGCUGCAGGGCCGCAACAACCGCACCUGGGUGGCAGAGCUGGUCUUCUCCAACUGCCCCCUCGCCAGCACCUCCAGCAAGGAGCAAGCCGCCACACGCCACCUGUACCUGACCUAUGAGAGCCCGCUGUCGGAGCCCGUGGGCGGGCGCAAGGUGGUGGAUAUGUUCCUCAACGAUUGGGCCAGCAUCAGCCAGCUGUACGAGUGCGUGCUGGAGUUCGCCCACGCCCUGCCAGACAUGCCCUCCUAUUUGAGCCUCUUCGCGGAGAUCCGGUUGUAUAAUUACCGCAAGCUGGUCCUGUGUUACGGCAGCACCAAGGGGAGCUCGGUGACGAUCCAGUGGAACUCGGCCACCCGGCGCUUCCACAUCUCCCUGGGCACCGUGGGGCCCAACUCCGGCUGCAGCAACUGCCACAACAUCAUCCUCCACCAGCUGCAGGAGAUGUUCAACAAGACGCCCAGCGUGGUGCAGCUCCUGCAGGUUCUGUCAGACACUCAGGCCCCUCUCACCGCCAUCAAUAAGCUGCCCACGGUGCCCAUGCUGGGCCUGACCCAGAGGACCAACACGGCCUACCAGUGCUUCUCCAUCCUGCCCCAGUCCCCCACGCACAUCCGCCUGGCCUUCCGCAACAUGUACUGCAUCGACAUCUACUGCCGCAGCCGCGGCGUGGUGGCCGUCCGCGACGGCGCCUACAGCCUCUUCGACAACACCAAGAUCGUGGAGGGCUUCUACCCGGCCCCAGGCCUCAAGACGUUCCUCAACAUGUUCGUGGACGGCAGCCAGGACGCACGGCGGCGCUCGGUGAACGAGGACGACAACCCCCCGUCGCCGGUGGGCGGGGACAUGCUGGACUCGUUCAUGUCCCAGCUGCAGCCCCAGCAGCAGUUUGUGAAGCAGCAGGCGGGGGGCGGAGUCUAUCCUCCCCUCACGUCUCCACCCACCCCCUACCACCCCGGCGUGGCUCCCUCCCCCUCCAUGAUGCCCACCCAGUCUCCAGGGACCAUCCACGCAGCCAGCUCCCCUAGCGGUGCCCUGCGGGCCCCCUCUCCCUCCUCUCUGGGGAUGUCUAUGGGGCAGACCUCCAGCUUUGCCAGCCCGCACGGAGCUCUGGAUCCCAGCUCGCCCUAUGCCAUGGUCUCCCCCAGCCAGCGGGCGGGCACAUGGCCGGGGUCGCCCCAGGUGCCCGGCCCCUCCCCCGGCGCCCGCAUCCACGGCAUGUCGCCAGGCAACCCCUCUCUCCACUCCCCCAUCCCGGACUCCUCCCACUCCCCCCGCGCCGGCACCAGCUCCCAGGCGACGCCGAGCAGCAUGCUCCCUCCCCGUAAGCUACCUCAGCGCUCCUGGGCCGCCUCCAUCCCCACCGUUCUUACCCACAGUGCCUUGCACGUGCUGCUGCUGCCCUCGCCCACGCCCUCGCUGGUGCCCGGGCUGGCCGGCAGCUACCUGUGCUCCCCGCUGGAGCGCUUCCUGGGCUCCGUCAUCAUGAGGAGGCACCUACAGAGGAUCAUCCAGCAGGAGCCCAGCCUCACCAUCCUGACCUCCAACGAGCCCGGCGUCAUCAUGUUCAAGACGGAGGUGCUGAAGUGCAGGGUGGCGCUGAACCCCAAGACCUACCAGACGCUGCAGCUGAAGGUGACCCCCGAGAACACGGGGCCCUGGUCCCAGGAGGAGCUGCAGAUGCUGGAGAAGUUCUUCGAGACCCGGGUUGCUGGCCCUCCUUUUAAGUACAACACUCUGAAUGCCUUCACUAAGCUGCUGGGUGCUCCCACCAACAUCCUCAGGGACUGCGUGCGCAUCAUGAAGCUAGAACUGUUCCCAGACCAGGCCACCCAGCUCAAGUGGAACGUGCAGUUCUGUCUGACCAUCCCCCCCAGCGCCCCUCCCAUCGCCCCCCCGGGGACCAUCGCCGUGGUGCUCAAAUCCAAGAUGUUGUUCUUUCUCCAGCUGACGCAGCGGCUGCCCGUGCCCCAGGAGCCGGUCAGCAUCAUCGUGCCCAUCGUGUACGACAUGGCGACCGGCCUCACCCAGCAGGCCGACAUCCCGCGCCAGCCCAGCGCCUCGGGCGCCGCCGCCCUCAUGGUCAGCAGCAUCCUCAGGAGGUUCAGCGAGAUGCACCCGCCGCGCCAGGGUGAAUGCACAAUAUUUGCUUCUGUUCAUGAUCUCAUGGCCAGCCUCACGCUGCCCCCUGGUGGACGCCCAUAACACAGCAUCUUCUUACGUCGGUUUGACUCGGGGAAACUAUACACUGGUUGCUAGAUAUCCAAGUAGACACCUCUUCUCAGCUGCAGCUAUUGAAUUUACUUGACUCUAGUGUGCAAAUUUCUGUACAGACAAGAAAGGGAAGCAGUCUGUUGUUGGCUGUGAAUCCCUUUAUUUUUCUUUAUUAAGAACACAUUUUAUAAUUAAUAAAGCAGCAACUGCAGGUGGCAACUCUUGAGAAUGCCAGUCAUAAAUAAUUUUGAUGAGAUGAACAAUAAAUUAUAUUUUUCUG